GUUGCAGGGUUGUUCAUGCAAAUAUGCCAUGAGACAUGCUAUACUACUACGUGCCCCCCUAGAGAAACAAAUAAUCGCAUAUGACACCUGCUCUUUCGGCACCGAGGAGACUAGAACUAGGCCCCACUUGCCAGUUGGCAGCACCAUUUCAACCUCGCCGCGAGCGCCAGCUACCGACCGGUUCGCGCCACAACGUCCCAGGGGCAUGGCGCUCCUCCUCUUCGUCCUAAUACACUUCGCCGCCGCCGCGGCGGCUGAGUCAUCUCAUUCUCCGGCCACGGCGCUCUUCGUCCUCGGGGACUCCACCGUGAGCUGCGCGUCCAGCAUUCUCCCCCUCAACCUCACCGCACCCUCCCUCUCCUCCGCCGGCCCGUGCCUCUUCCCCUCCGGCCGCCGCCUCCUGCCCGACCUCCUCGCGGCCAAGAUGGGCCUCCCACCGCCGCCCCUCAUCUACACCCUCAACGGCACGGCAACCGCUGCGGCUCGGGGCGUCAACUUCGGCGGGCAGUACGGCGACCGCGGGAUUUUCCGCAUGGGCGCCGUCGGGCAGCAGCUCCGCCUGGCCACAGAGACGCUGCAGCUUCUGCAGCUGGAGACGGGCACCCCGCAGGACGCCCCCUCCGCUGCCGCGGCGGCGGGAGCGGUGUUCGUGCUGUCCUUCGGCACCGACGCCUACGCGCGGCUGCUCGCGCGCGGGCCCGCCGAGGCCGACGCCGCCGCGCCCAAGCACGGCCGCCGCGGGCUCGGGCGCCUCCUCGCCGACCGCAUCGCCCGCGCCGUCGCAGUACCGUGAUGGAUUCCUC